CUGCAGCUUCUUGCAGAGCUAGAACUGAAGCAAUAUAAAAACAGUACAUCAUUGAUCAUACUGCUGCUGGUUCAUUUUCCGAGGUACGAUAUCAGUAACUAUUUAGAUAAAACGCUUGGAGUAAAGAUUCUACAUCGCAUUGCAAGAAUGUCUUCGAGCGAAGCCAACGUGGUUGCAAUUGCAAUUGACGCAAGUGGAAAUGCGAACGAAGCCUAUGAAUGGUACUUCAAGCACAUCCAUGGAGAAAAGAACACAGUUGUCUUAAUACACGUAGUGGAAACGCCCAGUCUACCUACACUGUCACUUACAGAGGGACUAGCUCCACCAGUGCAUGAAUGGGAACGCAUUUUAACAGAACAAAGAGAGAAAGUCACCAAACUUGAGAACAACUAUAGCUCCGAUCUGCUACAAAGAAAGGUAAAGCACAAACUGUGUUUUGUAACUGGAAACCCAGGGGAACAGAUAGUUGCCACGGCACUAAAAGAGGGCGCUUCAAUGAUUGUAAUGGGUACAAGAGGUCUUGGAACAAUCAGACGAACAUUUUUAGGAAGUGUAUCAGAUUAUGUUCUCAACCACGCCAAGAUACCAGUGAUCACAAUCCCUUGUAAGGGUGAUUAGUUUUUUAAUGUUAAAAAGAUGGCAGCACACAUUAAACUAUGCUGAACGUAUCACGCAGGGGGAGCGAAUGUGCACAAAAGUCAGGUUUUAAAAUACAAUCAUAAGAUUAAAAGAUAUCACUAUUAUAUGUCUUGUAUACAGUAGAUUAGUAUCAAUAAAAUACAACUUGUAGUUAGUUGGAUCUGUUCAGGGUCUCAAAUUCACCUUGGUCUACUUGACUCAUGAAUGCUGUGAAGACCUACAAGUACAUGUAGCCAUAACAUG